AUUGACAUUUUCACCACAUGCAGUGAAUAUUGACACGCUAGUACUUCAUAGCAUGUAGUGUUAAUCAACGACAGACGUAUUUGGUUGUCGUGGUAGCACUUGCUAUCUGUACAUGUCGCUGCGUUGUUCAUACUCUGAAUUUGUGUAAAUACAUAAGAAAGAACCUUGGCCAGAAACAAAACGACAGGAUAUUCAACAGAAAUAAAAUAGGUCAUUACAGGCAUCAGACAGCGCACAACUCAUAUCGUGCGGAAACACAGACGCUUUGUGUUACUGUUUGAACAUUAUAGUUAGCAUGGCGAAAGAAAGGGAAAUGGAAGACGAUUUGAAGAAGGAUGAAUGUUCACAUUACACUGCGCAGGAUGCAAAGACCAUAAAUCAUAAUAUUUACGAAAAUCUAAAAGAUGUUGAGCUGAGCGAUAUUGAUGUUGAUUUCUCGAUUGAAGAAAACUAUGGUUACGUAGUUUUCGAUGGAAAAUCUUUUCCCAAGGAUAAAGCCAAGGAUAAAGACACAACACAUUACGCUGAAAUUGUGAAAGGAACACCACGUAAUGUUGAAAAAACAGUACAGAGAAGGAGACAAACAAGAGAAUCCGAUCAUCCAAUAUUGCAACUCAGUUCUGAUUACAAAGAAAGACAACUGGAGGACUGCGAUGAAGGUCUUGUUAUGGCAGAUGACGUCUCAGUAACAGUCAGUGACGAAUACGCAGAAAGUUUAACAUCCAACGGCGAGAAUUGUUCUGUAAGCCGGUUAGAUUCGGAACUCGUAUAUAAAGAUAUUCAUUCUGAAGUACUUUACACGAACACACGCGAGACAGAAGUUUUGUACGAGAAUGCUUCCGUGCCUACUGAACAUAUCUACGAAAAUGUUGAAUGUGAGAAAAAGAAAAAACAACGUGAGAAAUCAAUAACGUCAAACUGUUCCUUUGAUACGGAGUCGCUUUAUGAACACAUCGACAUUUACGAAUCAAUGACUUCACCUCGGCGAAGGUUUGCUUCAGAGCCCAUAGAUAUUGUAAAAUCCUCAGUGAACUUCAAUAGCAGUGUGUCAAGUGAAUCACCAAGGUCCUUGGAAUCUUACAGCAACUCAGGUUCGCUCACAUCGUAUGGAAGUUUUGAGAGACCAGAUCUAAGAAGAUGCACGUCUUAUUGCUACGGAAAUGCACCCUUUGGCGUGGGCAGACCUCCAGAGCUGCCACAAAGAGAUAGUGUAAACUUUACCAAAAAAUGCAGACCACGAAGCUUCUAUUUGGGAAAUGAAGAAGGCUAUCAAGCCGAUAAUCAAGGCUUGGGUUGUUACACUGGAACUUUAGUAGGCAGUGGUAUUGUGAAGAAAACUAGUCCAAAGUCUGUGCAAAAAAUCAUUGGGGAUUAUCUAUCACGCGAAAAGAAAGAUUUCUCUAAACCAGUCAGUCUUCAAAUCACGAACGAGUUUAUUUGCCUCAGCUAUAACUGCGCACCAUGGUGGUUGUUAGCAAAGAACAGUUUAGAUGAUAUUGGUUGUAUAACAACGUAUAACAACAACAGCAAGACAGCAUUAGGCUACACGAUUAGUAAACCAGGGGAAGAUACAAGAUUGUUUGUUGUGCAUUGCUCAGACGCUGACCAAAUUAAAGACGUCAUCGUCAAGAAUUUUAGACAACCCUACGCACCUAAUUCGAUUUCCAGAUGGGGCUCAUUGAACGUCCUGAGCACGCCAAGGUCGGGCAAUUCAAGGUCAUUACCGCGCAUUCGUUCAAUGCAAAUACCACAGGCCAAUGAGAUCGCCAGCUAUGAUGAUAUUCUAUAUUUGGGCUGUCAAAAAGUGAGGAAGUCUUUUCUUGUAGUAAAUGAUAACAUUAGCUUAGUUAUGGAUGGUACGCAGUCCAAAGAUUAUACCACAGCUAGAAUAGAACUCUACCGGGAUGGAAUUCAUCUAAAACACAGUCAACAAGAUCGUGUUAUGGACAUUCACAAACUGGAGUGGAUCCUCUCAAUGGGUCUCUUUGACGAGGAUCGUCGUUACUUCGGAUACAUAUCGUCCAAGGCAUUUCAAGGGAAAAAGAUUAGCACUUCGUGUCACGUAUUUCGUUGUAAUCGAGUUGGACUAGCCAGUCAGAUAAUGGAGACUAUACGAAAAGCCUGUCAGGCAACUUACCUUGCUCGCACUAGUCCACCCAAAUUUCGCUUUCGGGCAUACUCUGGUGGCUCAACAAGCUCCGAGGGAUCCGUUUGUUCAAAUUCAGAAACAUCAAGCCUGGGAUCUAAUAGUUCCACUUCUCCAGAAGCAGAAAGAAGUCAGACGUUACCAGCUCGUUUUCGUAAAAGACCAGGACGAAGCAUAUCCAAACGCAUGAGUAACAAUCGUAUGUCGACCAUUCAGUCGUUCGGAGAAGAUGACAAUGAUACGGGUUUUGACACUAUCGGAGACGAAUCUUCCUAUGUAUCAGAAGAUAGUUCUUGCUCAAGAGAGAGUUGGUAUGGAGGUUUACCUCAGAUACCGGACAAUGUUCUUAAAUCAAGAGAAAAAACCUACAUGGUUAAAGAGGAAGAGCCCACACAAAUAACUUCUACACAAUCAGAAGAAACACUUAUUCCAUCUGACCUAUCAUCGAUCGAUAGUGUAAGUUUAACGAGAAGUGUAGCAGGGGAAAGGUCCUCCAUUGACACGACUUUAGAGAGGACAUUCAGUGUACAAUACCUUACCUCAACAAUCGUCAGUUCGCCAUUGAAAUCAAAACACGUCAAGGAAUGUCUCAAGCAGUACCAAAAGAACAUUGAUAAGGCAACGAAAAAGUCUGAUGACCAUACUCGACAUAAUAAGAAGGCCCAACUCAUAAUCAGUCCUCGUGGAGUUACGAUUGUGGACGACAAAAUCCGAACUUCACAGGCAUUCUACGAACAUUCCCUCAUCUCUGGUGUUCAAACUCAUCCGAAUGGCAAAAGCGCCUUCGCGUUUACUACUGUGGUCAGCGGCAGCUCGAAACAAAAAUGCCACCUUUUCCUCGAAGACAGUGAAUCCAUUAACGUCAUUGUCGAGGAAAUAAAAAAAUUCACUUCACGGUGAUCAAAAAUAUUUUUCAUUCAACGCCGAAGAUAGUCAACGUUUAUUAAGAGAAAUGGUUUUUCAUUUCAGACUGGACGUUCUUUAUCAAAUAAUAACAAAUGUGAUUUAAUGUCCCCGCGACAAGAAUUUUGUAUUGUCUUAAGAUAUCUAAACUGCAAUCAAGUUUUCAACAUCAUUGUUGACAUGCUCACUUCUGGAACUAUUGAAGUUUUAGUAAUAUGUAACUUAGAGAAUUUAUGUGAGUUGUUUUCGAAAAUAUUCGUUACUGCUUACAGAUAUUCUUUUAUUUCCAUAUGACGAAAACUUCAACAGUUUCAAAAGUAUGCAAACAUUAAAGUUGAAAAGAAAGGACAUCUUUUAAGGUUUGUUUAGGGACAUCUUUUAUUAAGAGGAUGAAAAAUUCCAUGUCGCAGGCAACAAUGUUUCACGGUAACAUUAUGGAGAUUGGAAAGCACAAUGUGAAAUUCAUGCAAUACUUUAUGGGAGGAAAAUGAACAAAUUCAUUAACUUUAACUAAUUUAAUUUUCUAUUUUAAUAUUGUUUAAUUGAACUUUAUUUUAUUGUUCGACGACGACAAGUGAAAAUCGUUGGAGGCUGUAAAAUUUUUGUAAUAUAAAUGAUUUUCAUGCAUCGAAAGUAUUUGUCAUGUAAUUAAUAUAUUUGUUAAUGUAAAUAGACAUAGUUUAAGAAAUUUACAACAACUAGAUGAUUCUAGGAGUCUAUUUAAUAAAAUAAACAAUUAGGUAUGAUUUACUAAGUUAAUAUUAAAACAAAAACACUUUUAAAAUCA